CACGUGGGCUAACUGGAAGGACAACAGCAUCGUGAUGAGGCAACAUCAUCGCAUGAACUACAGUCACUCUGCAAACAUGUCACCUUUCUCUUUGAUGAAUGCCGGAGGUCUCGGUUCGUGUGCUUUGACGUUCAUGUUGGAAGAUGACCCAGAGGCGUUUGUCCGGCUGCCAUUUUGAAUCAGCAGUUCAAGGUCUGACAACACAGCUUUGAUUGAUUACUUACAAGCUAUUUUUGCACUGAACUGUUCAUUUUUUUCUUGAUUCUAAAUACUCACUGGAAACUUCACUAGGUACACCAUCUAUAGACUUUACAUUGAUCUGAUCGGUCGAUAACACGGGUCUACAAAAUAUGAUUAAAGUGGCAGACACAAGAAUGAAAACCAUGCUUUUCAGCUAAUUUGAGGGUACUGAUUUAAAAAAAUGACAUUGACUUUGUCUUAGCGGGUCACAUUUUUUUCAGAAAUGUGAGAAAUGUUAGUUUUUUACUGUUGCAUGCUGAAAUGCAUAAAUCAAUGAGAAGCUGUGAAGACAAAAGCAGGUACCAAGUGAUAGAUAUGGCAGAAAUUAAGCACAGAGGAGGAAAUAAAACUACUUAGAUCAUUUAAUGGUUACAGCUCCCUUCUUUUAGGUCGUUGGGAGGGUUGAGCAUCCGAAGAGUCACAUAUCAAACUCCAGCAGUUGUCUGCUAUCAUACUAACAUCCCAUUUUCCCACUCAUACCUUUUUUCCAUCACUUGUAUGUCUUUGUGAAAUCUUGCCUUGGGACAACUGCGCUAAAACUUUCAAGAGAAGUGACGCUCAACAAGAUAGAAUACCAGUCCUGCUUCUAGGGAUAUGAACCAGUGAAACAAUGCAAAUUGAACAGUUUCAUCAAGAAUCUGGCUUUCACAGUUGCAAAUCUAGCCAACAGAAGGCAGAUUAGAAACUGGUUUGCAUUGCUUUUUGUGUAUACUACAUGGCACUUUAAGCUUUGUACGGGGAGUGAGUAAAAUAGUACCAUAAAUGAAGGCUGAUAAGAAAAAAAACGGACAUCAGAUUCGAAAUCAGCGCCCCAAAAUUAGCCAAGGGGAGAUAAUUUCUUCUUUGUUUCAAAAAUGAUGUCGACCAGUGUAGUUAGCAUAAGCCUAACACGUCGACGGUGUGGAACGUCUUCAGAAUGAAUGAUGUAAGGGCUAAGUAUGGGAACCGUGGCGUGCAAGUUUAUAUUUUAUAUCGUCACGCUUCCUUGUAUUCCGCCAAUCACACGUCACUGUCGCAUAACGUCACGGCUACGAUGCCGUCACUGACCAGAGACGUGUCGAAAGAGCAACACGAAAAACACCUGCCACUGCAAACAUUAGGCUCGCUGUUAUAAUACAAUACCUAUUUUCUUGGGGGUGAGCGGGUCGAUCCAAGAUAAUUACCCUUAGUUUAAUAAUAUGAUUUGAAAGUCAAAAUAUGAGACGUUUGUUGGUAUGACACGGUACAGUUGUACAAGCACACUACGUGACAUAGUUAAAUGAGCGCGCCGCUGGCAGUGUCAAAACCGGACAAUACUAUUUUUGUGUACACUUUUUAAGCACACCUCUUACCUUGCUUGAAUUGUCUCAGUCUGUCUUCGGGAACGUUCGUGUAACCCAAGACGGCCAGUUGCUCCUUAAUUUCCUCUUCUGAGAAGUCCAGCUUAUCCAUAGUUUCCUUUACUCCAAGGCGGGCAGGCAGAAAUACUAAACAACAACCUUUAUAUGACGAUAUGAUUCUAAUCCACAUAAAAAUAAUUUCUGAAAGAUAUGACUAGCUUGCCGAUUCGAUGCAUUUCCACUUAUUUGGGGUCAAACAAGUAAAUAACGAUUUAUUUCCGCUGUUAGACAAACUCCACAUAACAGUCGCAUGUUUAAAUGGCAUAUCCAUGAACUAGUGAGCCAUGUAGUAAAAAAUAGAUGAAAAGUUGUGUACUAAGGAAGCCAAUCAAAGCUAACAUUAGCCCCUAGCUUGUUGUUAGCCGACAGAAUCGGCGUGUUUGUUUUCCUCACCGGAGCCCGACCACGUUCAUUAAAGUCCACAAGACAUGAACCAGUACGCCCGUGGAAGACGACUUAGCGUGUCGUAUUGUUGUCUUUUUGCAUUCUUGUUGUGUGUUGUUUUAAACGCGAAGGCCAGCACCAAAGAGACGACCGUCAACGAGCUUUUAAAAAAGACGCCGUGGAACUUCUUCUUACUCCACUUCCGGUAGCUGCGUUAUCCCCCCCUAACGGCUGGAGGUCUUAGCAGCAGGCUGAGCCUUCAGAUGGUAGUUGUUUUAUGACCAACAUUUGUUCACGUUGUUGUUCAACCACGUUGUUGUUCUUUGUGUUUCACGGAAACAUCACAAGGAACAAGUUUUCAAUUCCGUGAUGGUUAUUCGUCGCGUCUUUUGAAAAUAAAAUGCUAACAUCCUUUCCGAGCUAGUGAUGCUGGAAACACAUGUCUUUCGAGUACUGGUGCUGGAAAGGAAAUGAUUAGCCAUACAUCGGAUUCUUUCACUUGUGUGCACUGCUUGUCCUAGAAGUAAACAGUCAUAUCAGAAACUUAAUUUAAAGUUUCAAAACAAAUAUCCGCUCUGAGCACAGAAGCAGUGGAAGUACCAUGCUCUUAAUGUAAGCAGUUUUGCGAGAUAAUGAAAAACUUUUGCGAGCUCUCACAGACGUUUUGUGAGAUAACGCAAAACAGUUUGGCGAGAUCUCGCAAAUGUUCUUUUUUUUUACCCAUCAAUUUUUUUCUCCAUGUCCCAUUGGCGGCUGCGUAUGUUCUAAUUUGAACUGUAGUAUGCAAAUAAAGGUCUCGCCUCAUAAAUUAGUGGCUUUAAAGUCACUUCAUUAAGAACACCUAAUGAAGCCGAUCACGAAGAUGAUGCCCUGCAACGCUGUUUUUUAUUGUAGUUGUAUGCAUGCUAUCACACUCCGAGCUGUUUGAGAAGGAAAGUCAAUCUUUUUAAACUGUCAUAUUCCAUCUGUUUUAUUCACUGGUAGUUUAUUAACGUUAUUUGUUGUUGACUCCACUAUGGUUUAUUAUUGUAAUAUUUUUAAUAAACAGCAUGUGUGCUAAAACAUCCAUUUAAGUUGUGUGGUCACAUUCCAGCUAUAAACUUUUUAGGAUCCAUGGAAGUUACUUUCCAUCCUCCCCCUCGUCCUCCUCCAUGUCGGCGUCUCAUGAAUAAACAGCACCUCCUCACAUCCUCCUCCUCCGAGCAGGCUUUCAUUCGGGGUGGGAGUGGGGGAUCUGACAGGUGAACCAUUAGCAAGUCCCGUGGCUAAUCUGGGAAAAAGGGGACUCGUGGCGGCUUGGUCACUCCUGGGAAGACCAUGGACCUGUCCAGGACGUGUGGGCAGUCUUUGCUGCUACUUUUACUGCAAGUUCUUCUGAUUUGCUCGGCUCAGAGAGGCCCGGUCGGUCCCAGAGGCCCCCCAGGACCACCUGGAAUAGCUGGUGUGCCCGGUGUGGAUGGCAUUGAUGGCGACAGAGGAGAGGACUCCAAAGUGAACGGCGGACCAGGUCCUGAUGGACAAAACGGCAAAGACGGAGCUACUGGAGCUGCAGGACUUCCAGGAGCAGACGGACCUGUGGGACCUCCUGGAGAUCCAGGUCCAGCAGGUGUGAAAGGACCAAAAGGGGAUCCUGGACCACGAGGCCCGGCUGGGGAGCCAGGCGUCGGGCAGAAUGGCCUGGAUGGCAUCCCGGGAACAGAUGGACUGCCAGGAGAAAUGGGAAAAGCUGGUCCCCCUGGAGCCAGAGGCAAGAGGGGUCCAGUGGGGGCUCCUGGUGUUGUUGGACCUCGGGGUCCUCCUGGCGUCUAUCAAGGUGAAGAAUUGUGUCCUAGCGCCUGUCCCGCUGGCCUGUCAGGCCACUCUGGCCUCCCCGGCAUGAAAGGUCACAAAGGACUGAAGGGUGAAUCUGGCGAGCCUGGAAGACAAGGACAUAAGGGCGAGGAGGGCGAGCAGGGUUUGCAGGGGGAUGUUGGAUCUCAAGGACUUCCAGGCCCAGGUGGACCUAAAGGCCUCGCAGGAAUAACAGGCUCCAAAGGUGAAAGGGGACCACGAGGGAAACUCGGUGACGCGGGCCCUCAGGGCGCCCAGGGAGCUCCAGGGGACGUCGGCCAGAGAGGAGCCAUUGGAGAAAGCGGGCCCAGGGGGACGCAGGGUGAGCAAGGUCCUUCUGGGAUCAGAGGGGUACCAGGACCAAAGGGAGAAGCUGGCCUUCCUGGUCCAGAUGGUCGGGAAGGAAUACCUGGACUGCCAGGGUCAAAGGGUCUUCCUGGGAAGAAUGGUGCUCCUGGUGAUGCUGGACUUCAAGGUCUUCCCGGCGUUCCAGGCGCUUACGGCCAAAAAGGGGUUAGCGGUCCAAAGGGGAUCUCAGGUGAUCCAGGAGUCGCAGGACUGAUGGGCUCGCCUGGAAAGCAAGGUGAGCGCGGAGACCAGGGCGAGGUCGGCCCUGUUGGACCAAGAGGAGGACCAGGUGAACGAGGAUCAAGAGGACAUGACGGACCACCAGGGUCACCAGGAGGCAGGGGAAGCAAAGGCAACAUGGGCCUUCCAGGACUUCCGGGACCUGCUGGAUAUCGAGGACAGAAGGGUGACAGGGGUGCAGUCGGUCUGGACGGUCCAAAAGGUGACCAGGGAGGCUCAGGUGCUGAGGGAACACCAGGAGGGCGAGGAGAACUGGGCGAUCAAGGAGAACCAGGAGAGAAAGGAUCAACCGGACCACCAGGAGAGACCGGCAACAAAGGACCAGAGGGGGGCAGAGGGCAGCAGGGCAAGGAAGGCAAGCCGGGCCAGCCGGGACCGCGAGGCAUGCAGGGUGACAUGGGGGUGCCUGGCCUACCAGGGGGACAGGGACCACCGGGAAAAUCACCAAGCGACACGCACAUCAAACAAGUGUGCAUGAGGGUCAUGCAAGAGCAGCUGGCCCAGCUGGCAGCCAGUCUGAGCAGACCCGAGUCUGGCAUCGCUGGGCUCCCCGGACCCCCUGGCCCACCUGGACCUCCCGGUCCUACCGGUGAGAACGGUUUCCCUGGACACACGGGAUCACGAGGAUUACCUGGUCUGAAGGGGCCGCCUGGGCUGCUCGGCCGUAAAGGACCUAAAGGUGAUCAAGGUGACAGAGGGGACAGAGGACCCACUGCCAGAGGGCUCAAAGGAGCUCCAGGUGCUCCUGGUCUGCCAGGCCAGCCAGGCAGGGCGGCGUACGGCUCAGACGGUCGUGACGGAGAGCGGGGGCCUCGCGGCACUCCCGGCAUUCCCGGCGUUCCCGGCCCUCCGGGGCCUGCAGGGCUAAACAGCUACUGUGAGCCGUCGCAGUGCGUCCUCCCCAUGGUGGCGUCGGCGGUUUCAGCCAAAGACUCCGGCAUGAAGGGUCCCAGUGAGAUGUGAGAGGUCCCGGAUAAAAGUGGAUCAGAACUGAGAGGAGUCCAAGCAGAUCCCAUGAGUCGUGUUCUGUGUUCCUGCCUGGUGGGGACAUGAAGGAGGGCAGCAGACCUUCAUCAAAGGACAACUACACAAUCAUGUCCAUCUCAACCAGUCAGGUUCCUCUGUAUGUUGAUGUAAAUGUGUCAAUACACUCAAUUUACUGCUGGAUGACUGUUUUGUCCAAAUGUUUUCUGAUUGGAUGUUUAUAGGCCGGGGACGCGGGUUCUUUUGGAACCUCACUGGUGCUUUUAUGUGAACUAUUUAUUCUAGCAAGGUUCCACACGUGUACAGAGGAGGAAAUAAAACACAUUUUGAUACA